CGGCCCGACGCUCGUUGUUGCCUUGUGAGUCCGCGUUGAGGCGUGAGCCUGGCCCCUGGUUUUUUUGUUCAUCCAAUGACUGGGAUCCCCCUCCCCGACCCAGGAUUCGCCUCCCAGGUUUGGGUGACGAGUUUCCUGUUCAGAUUUUUCCAACCACGGUCUUCCUGUUCCUUUUUGUUUUUAAUCUAAGUGCACGAGUCCGUCACCCUGCGUGCUGACGAGUCUCGUGCGUGUCCUACGCGGCACCCUUCCCCAGUGUCCUGCGUGGCUCUCUUUCGUUACUGGUCCUGCGUGACCCCUUAGCGCGGCCCAUUAUAGCCAUUCCCCUUUACCCCUGUGUCUCUCGCUCCUCGGGUUGGGGUUUUAGAUCUCGUAUGUGUGCCGUUCUCUUCUUCUUGUCACCCUCCUUUCUUAGACGGCAGAUGACUGGAGAUAUAAAGUCCUCUAUCCGGUAUGGCCCAUCAUACCUUGGUGCCAGCUUCGCGGCAAAUCCCUCCGCUGCAUUGGAAAGGUUGUGCUGUGUGGCCCAUACGACCUCUCCCACUUUGGGUUUCCACGGUCUUCUCAGAUUAUAAUGCCUGGCCUGAUCCUGGGCCGCCCUUUCCAAGUUGCGUCGAACCAACUGGAACAGCUGCUUUAAUUUCUUCGCGUUUUCGUCCGGCGUCUCUGUGCCUUGUCCCGUGCCUACCGUCUCCUCAUCGUAUAGGGCCUUUGGCAGCCGGGGUUCCCUUCCUUGCACCACGAACGCCGGUGAAUAUCCCGUUGUAUCCGACACUCCCGAAUUCAUGGCCAGCAUUAGCUCCGGCCAUUUUUCGUCCCAACACCUUUGAUCACCCUCGGUGAACUGGGCUAUCAUGGUCUUUACCGUUCUGUUCGUUCGCUUUGUCGGAUUCUCCUGCGGCGUGUAUGGCGCCGUAAACUGGUGGCGAACUCCUAGCUACUCCAGGAAUCUUUUAAAUGUCCUGCUUGUAAACUGCACCCCAUUGUCCGUAAUGAAGACUUUGGGCGCCCCAAAACGGGCUAUUAUGCGCUCUCGACAGGCCUUUAUUAAUGCCUCGGCUGUGGCCUUCCUCAGCGGCACCAACUCGGUCCAUUUUGAGAAUCGAUCCACUAGCACCAACAGCAUCGAGUUCCCAUGCUUCGACCUCGGCAGAGGACCCACAAAGUCAGCGCAUACCGUUGCCCACGGUUCUUCCGUCACCUGUGUCAACAUUUCCCCUGCUGCUUGUAGCUGACGGCUUAAAACGAAGACAUAUUUCACACUUCCGCACGUAGGCCCUAACGUCCCUGUACAUCCCUGGCCAGUAAUAUCUUGCCGCCACCCGUGCCGCGGUUCUCCUCCCGCCGGCGUGGCCUGCUUCCGGGUUAUCGUGGCUUUCCUUUAAAACCCUUUCCCGGGCAUCUUUCGGCACACAUAGUUUCCACGAGGCGACCUCUUCGCUCCCUACCCGGUGAGGAAUGUGCCGGUACAAGUUUCCCCCCUUCUCCAUGAUCUCCAUGAUCUUUUCUACCAUGCCCUCUAACCACUUGCAGGGCGGCUCGUUCACUGGUAGUGUUCCCUCCUCAUGUCCUAUCCGACGACAUCGUUUCUCCAACGGUUGUCGGGAGAGUGCGUCGGCUACGCGACUUCAAAGUCGUACUGCUGUAGCUCUAAUGCCCAUCUCGCCACUCUUCCCGACG